AUUCACUCACGGAGAUGGGUUGGGUUAGGUUAGAUUUUUUUGGAGCGGAGACCCUUCCCCGCCCACGCGUUUACUUUAUAAUAAAGUUGAACUACAUCAAGAUCAUGAUCAAGGCGAAGGAUGUUCUAAAAUUGAUAGAUGAUAAGAGAGGACCCAUUGAUGAUUUGGAACGGAAAGUCAUCGGACAGACACGAGUACUCAUCGACGGAGACAGCAAGAAUUGCAGACGACAAGAAUGCAACAUGGGAAAUUUAAUCUGCGACGCUAUACUUGAUUACUAUGCCAGGGAAUACUUGAACAAAGACGGAUGGACGGAUGCUGCCAUCGCGAUCGUAAACAGCGGCAGCAUUAGAACGUCCAUCACCAGAGCGAGAAAUGAUCAGGUCACCCGGAAAGAUAUUAUAAGCGUUUUGCCCUUCGGGAAUGUCGUUGUUAAGGCUUCCGUAACAGGGAAACAGAUCCUUUCGAUGUUAGAAUGGAGCGUUCAUAAUCUCGACAACUUAACUUCCACCGGCAAUCUAUUCGGCGCUUUUCUACAAUAUUCGGGAUUACAGGUGACAUAUAACACAAACCGACCACCCAACUCAAGGGUAGUUUCCGUUCAAGUACAAUGCGCCGCUUGUCGAGUACCGACAUAUAGCAAACUCCAACAAAAUCUCACCUAUAAUAUCCUCAUAAAUGAUUUCCUUGCAAAGGGCGGAGAUGGUUUUCAUAUGUUGGAGAACAUUAAAACAAUCCCGCUGAGUAUUACUAUGGCGGGAGCGAUAUUGCGAUAUUUCAAUAAACACAGUCCGGUAUAUCCAGGCGUGGAGUGGAGAAUUUCGUACGUAGAUACAAUGUACAUAGAUAAUCUCGGGACGACGUACCGACCGAUUGGGAUGACAAUUCUUUUACCAAUCAUUACUUGGCUAUUGAUGACAUAAAGGAAAUGCUAUUAAUUUAAUAUGAUUAAAUAUCAACUUGUGACUAAAUGAUUAUAAUUAAACAGAUUAUAUCUCGAACUUUUUA